CAUCUUUAUACGUCUGCAUGACAGCCAUGCAUAUGUCCGGUCCCUCUGCUAUUCACCAUACAUAUAUCCUGCCCCAGUCCUCACUGCCGGCCGCAAGCUCUCAUAUAUUCUCUCGCACCGACUGACUCAGUCCUUUUUCGGUUGGUCACGACUGCGCAUCGCCACUUGCUCACACCUGCACACAGCGCCACACACACAGGCAUCCGCAGACACACACCCGAAUGCACAACCGACCGACCGACCAACAGGAUGCAUCGGAUGCCUUUUUGUGUGUCGGGAUGCCUGGUUGCUUGCCUGUAUUGAAUGUCCUCGAGGCACCAUUGCUGCCGCGAUGAGCUGCCGUCCAGGAUGCGCAUCUGACCACAUACCCAAGCAAAGCAGAGAGAGAUUGAAACGUCCAGCUGACACCUGGUGCUUGAUUGCUGCCGACGAUAGCCUGUCGUGCCAAACGUACCUUUGCGUCGCGUUUCAUGGCGUCCGACAGGAUGGCCGGGGGGAUCUGACCCAGACCACCUGCAAGAACACACUAGGUACGCGAUGGGCGGGCGGAGAUCGCACUCGUCUAUCUAGAUAGACUGACCUUCUAUCCAGGGAGCGCUCUCCUGCUUGAACGCCUUGACGACCUGAAACACAGCCUCCUGCAAUCAAUCAGCACACACAGCACAAACAUAUAGAUGGAUGGAUGGAUGGAUGGACGCACACAGAGACAAAGGUGAGUGUGGCAGAGUCACGAACCGACCGAUGUGUUAUCGAGGACGAAGGCUGGCGGGACGGUGACCAUCAGCCGAAACAGCUCAGCCACAAACGACGGCAGGAACUGACACACACGCACACACGUACACACACGUACACAUACGCACACAGAGGCAAACCACCGAGAGCACACCACCAAGACAGCCCCCUCCCCCUCUCCCCUCCCACCCACCCCAACUUACACAGACGAGGUACGGCCUGACCGCCUCUCCCAGCGCCUGUUUCUCCGCCUCGUCAGCACCCCUGUGGCUGUGGCUGUGGCUUCUGGCCUCUGGCCUUUCCUCCCCUGGCUCAGGCUCGGCCUCAGCCUCAGUUUCUUCCCUCUCGUCGUCCAUCGCAUUCGCAUACCCGAAGCCGCCCAUCUGCCGGCCCAGAGAGAGGGGGGCGGCUGCAUGGGGGGUGGCGCUGCUGCCGGCGGAUCGGGCGGUGGCGUUGGUGAGGCAGACGAGCAUAAGGACGGCCCGGAAGACGCUGUCGUUGGCGGACCUCUCGCGGACCCUGAUGCACUGCAGGGACACCUCUAAAGCCUGAGGGACAGGAAAGCCGUCUUAUCGUGUGUCGUUGUGUGUGGGUGUCUACAUAUUGCGUGUCGGGUGCCUGCGAUGCGAUGGGUACCACUGGGAGGUUGGCCGACUUGGCAAUGACGGAUGGGCAGAAGGUGGUGUACCGGCAGAACAUGCCGUAGCAGUCCUCAACCAAAUGGCUGAGGCCAGACAGACACUCCGCCUGCAGAUUUCAGCCAUCCAUCAAGCAGACACACACACCAUGAAUGACCUUCGGCUUCUGUUCCUUUCCACUCCCCCGGCGGACUGACUUACCCGCUGCUCGUCGGUCGUCCUCUUGGCGAGUCUUUCCCUCAGCGUCGUCAAUGCUCGACCGCUCAGCUCGUCAAACAACGGCUGAUGGAUGGAUGGCACGCACGAGUCAGUGGAUGACCGCACCGCAUGGUGUGUGGGUGGUUGUCUCUCUACUGGUUGCCUGCCUUGUGGAUGACCUACCUGCAGCAUGGGCAACACAUGUGGGUCUCUGCAGAACUCCAUGGCGAUGUACUCGGCCGCGUACAGAUAAGGCGAGUGGAAAUGGACCUGAUGGAUGGAUGCAGGGUGAAAGCGACAGACACACGUGAGUCACGGGCUGCCCAUGAGAGAGAGGAGCGCAAGUGUGUCGGUGUGUUUGUUUGUGUAGGUGGGUGUGGUGUACCUACCUGGAAUCCCUGUCGGAUGAGAGGGAAGAACUCGGGCAGGAUGGGCUUGAAGCGGUCACCCGUGCACCUCAGGGCAUGUUUCAUCACACGACAACACCUCUCCACCACCAUCUCACAACCCUACAAUCACACCACACACACACACACACACACAUGUCUGCGCGACCCUCUCUCCAUUCUCCCCCUCCCUCCCUUGUGACACCUGGUGCUGCACGAGGCUGUGUUUGACCAGCGGCCACACCCCAUUGCCCACAAGCAGUGCACACGCCUCGCUGCGAGCAGUGCCCUUGACGGGCUUCAGCACCCCCAGCACCGUAGAGCACCGGUCCAGCAGCAUCGCCAACACGCGCGGCGGCCCGAGGCUGCCCUGCUGCUGCUGCUGGGGCGAGUGUGCAGCGGACAGCUGGGUGAUGAUGGGCUUGCAGAGUGAGUCGAGGACCUGCACGAAGCGCUGGUCCUGAGGAAUGGCGAGGAUCACGUGGGUCGCCCCGUCCAACAGGUACUCGUACUCCUGAUGGACGGAAGGACCAACCGACCAAUGCAAUGCAAUGCACACACAGAGAGGAGGGGUGAGAGCAGCAACCCACAUCGGCUGAGGUACGUUUGCCCACCUCUUCUGGGAGGCUUUGGGACGUUGACGUGCACACUGACCAACACACACACACACACACACACACGAGACACAAUACAACACAAGUCGACGAACCCCACGGCUGUCUCGCCCCCUCGCCCACCACCCACCCUGCACGAGUGCCUCGGCCAGGCCCUCCAGCGCCCCCGCAUUGCUCGUACACACCUCGCGCAGCGCCCUGGCAGCCUUGAGCCUCAAACGCCCGACCAUCUCCCCCAGACCACCAGACCCACCCACACCCACACCCCUCUGCCCGCUGUCCCCGCCACCGAAGGCAAACGUAUGAGUGCCAUUGGGGGCCGCCUGCUCGCUGCCGAAGGGAUUGACGGCGCCGCCCUGUGUUUGGGCGCUCGUGGUCGUGUCUUCGUCCUGCAAUAGGACGGCGGAUUGGUCCACCUGGUUGGCGAGCAGCUGGUAGGUGAGCAUCUCGAGCACGGUGCGGAUGAAGGCCGUUCUGAGGUGCAGAACGUGGGCCAUCGCACCCAGGAGGUCCACCGCUGCCGUCCGGUUCGCGCAAUUCAUCGCGUCCUGACACAGAGCACCCACAGCCGUGAGUGACAUCGAUCGAGGCCAUUGUCCCUUUCUCAUCUCUGUCCCUUGGCGAACCGACCGCAGGAGGCGCGUUGGUGAGCAGCUCGGGCAGUGACUGUGCCAGCUGCCACAUCGUCCCGCUGCCGUCGAAUAUCUCGUCGGGAUCGGCGGCCGCACCGCCCCCACCCCCACAACCACCCUUGCGACCCAGGUGGUGGUACUCCCGCACUGCCGGACAGAGCAGCGACAGGUGGGCCUCCUGCUGAUGCGCUGCUGCCUCUGCCGUGGCUGCCGUCCGCAUGCCACUCAGCAGCCGGUUGGUCACGGUGCGCAGCGGCAGCACGCGCAGAAUGUCGCUGUAGAGGGAAAUGACGCGCUGACGAAAGCUGCAGAGAGGGAGGGAGGGGGGGAGGGGGGGAGAGGGUAUAUGUGCGUGUGUGUUAGGGGAAGGAUUAUUGGUGGUUUGCUCACUCUGCAAAGUCUCCGUUGAUAGUGGAGAUGUCCGUUCCAGUGGGGUAGCGAAUCUGCUGCAGACAGACGUCCACCAGCUGGACGAGGAUGCCGUGGAAGGCGCCCAGCUCGUCCUCUAUAGACUUGUCACCUGGUUUGUCAUCCACACACACACACGCAGACGUCAGUUACGCAGCACUUGAGACUUUCGUGACCCUCGUGUCACUCACUCGGCCUUGCAAACCGCUUGGCGAGGAUGCGACAGAGCCUGCUCCAGAAGGGAAAUGUCUCUUGGCACACAUCUGGGAGUGCCCGAGACACCAGACAGACACAGCAUCCAUCCAUCCAUCCAUUGUGGCGUGUGUGGCUUCCCACCCCCCCCCAGUUGCCCACCCCGGUGUGUGGGAUGUCCGUAGGGAAUGGCCGCCGCCCGGUAGAGCAGCUCCAGCAGCGUGCGGCACUCCUCCGCCGUGUCCACACGACCUAUCAGCAAGUCAAUCGUACUCAGGCCUGCACACACACAGAUGAUACACCGUCUGUCUGUCUGUCUGCAGUCAGUCCUCAUUUGCCCGACCGACCGAGAGCCACGAAGACUUGUAUCAGCUGCCGUAACGUCUCCUCACUGUCGGCCACAGAGGCCGCCGCCUUGGUGAACCUGAACCGAUCAUUAACACCACACCCACAGAUCUGUCGGUGGAAUCGCACCGACCAACAGACUGACUGACUUGUUUUUGAGCGGCCCGACCGCCUGCCUGUAGGCGACGGCGAAGACCUGCUGCGCCCCACUGGCGUCGUCGGGCAGGCCGUUGGCUGCUGCGUGUGCAUGCUGGCGGUCUGCAUUCUCCUGCUCUUCUUCAUCUUGGCACUGCGCCGCUGCGUCGGCCGUCAUGUCGAGGAUCUCCACCAAACUGUCGGCCGCCACAUCGCCCAAGGUGUCGUCACCUAUCGCCUGCACACGCACACACACACACACACACACACAGAGCAAUCAGAUGGUGUGUGGUUGUAUUGUGCGGUUGUGUGACGUAGAUAGAGUGACCUGGAAGCAGUCAGCGAAGAGGACGCUGCGUGCGAUCUCUGCGGGCGGGAAGUCGGUGAAGACCAGCCAGCUCCGCCAGCACUCGAGCACCUUCUGUGUCGCAUGCCUGGAGGUCGCCAGCUGACGGGCCUCCAGCAGGAACCGAUGAACCUGACCAAACAAAACGGCAGGCGGUGAGUGUUGGGUAGCCUGCUGUCUCUCUCCCUUUGUCUUACACUACCUGCUGUUUGGCCUGCUUCAGGAACGCCCUCUGGUGCCUCCUGUUGUCGGUGUCGGCCAGCACUUUGCGGUUCUGAUUCUCCUCAGGCAACACCUGCAUCGCAUCCACACAUUCAUUCACACAUCGAUGGCCAUGUUUGUCACUCUAUCUACUCUGACGUCUGCUGCCAUGUCGGUGGCUGAGCUCGGCUCGGCUCACCCUGAAGACUUCCAGGAGCAGCUCGAGGCACUGGUGUGACUGACCGAACCGCUCCAGCAUGGUGGCUAUCGGGUCGGGCCACCCACCCCCCAUCUGCAGCGACAGGUCGGCCACCGCCAAGGACAGCUGAGUCAAAAUCGCAGACGGACUGGCCCAGAAAACACAACACACGACAGACAGAAAGCGUGAAGUGAACCUUUUGGUUGCCUCUCUGGCUGAGCUGACGUAGGUACCCCAAUUUGAAGCGGUCCAGGUGGUCUAGGAGUGAGUUGCGCAGUGCCGUGUGCUCGGCUGGAGGCAGCUCGUGAAAGUCGAACUGGAUCUUGGUGCGGAAAGUCUGCGCACCGAAGUAAUACACCUGCACACACACACACACACACACACUCGACGUGCUUGAGGACUCAGCCGCCGUACCUCAGUGGCUGCAUUCGGCAAGGAGAGCAGCCCGUUAGAUGCCUGCCACGCAGGAGGGCUCUGCUGCCAUCGCUUGAGCCACUCAUCCCUGACAGAAAAGCAGACCAUUGAUUCUCCAUACAUGCACUGCAGCUGUGGUCUCAUCUUUGUCAGUUUGCUUACGCCUGCCUCUUGGCUGCCGGUUCUGUGUUGUGGAACAGCACCGUCAGCGCCUGCACGACCUCUUCCAUCCCGCCUGUGAGUCACUCGCGACAGCAGCAGAUCAGCACUUGUCCUCUCCUUGCCAGAUCUUCAUCAGGACUGGAUGCUCUUUUGGCUGAACCAUCUUUGAACCAUGUCUGUGCCCUUUUC